GGAGAGGCGGGGCGCGCGCGGUGGGACCCCUCCUUCCCGUCCUCCUUGCUGUCGACAGGUCUGCCUGCCCAGAUCCGCUGCCGAGCCCGGAUCGGAGGCGACAGUGCGGCCAAGUGGGCGCGACCGGCACGAGUUGGGGGGCAGGGUGCCCGGGGCAGGGGGGCGGUGACCCGGGACAGUGCAGGCGGGAGAACAGACCCGCGGACCUCAGAGGGGAAUCUGAGAGCUCAGACCGUGAGCGGACGUGAAACUGGCCAGGGCUGGGGGCCAGAAAUUGAUCAGCGCUUCGGGGCUCAAUUAAGCGGACGCCAGAGUGUUCUCCGGUGGCGCGGGGGAUCAGGUGAACAGGUCCUCACUCCCAGCUCCACGCCCUCACGCGCUCUCGCCCGGGCCCCGGCUCCCGUCCGCAGCCAUGGGCCCCGGCCCCAGCCGCGCCGCCCGCGUCCUACGCCCGAUGUUCUGCGCGCUCGCUUUGAUGGUGGCCGCCAGCGACCGCGUCGCCUCCGCCUUCAACCUGGACACCCGAUUCCUGGUGGUGAAGGAGGCCGGGAACCCGGGCAGCCUCUUCGGCUACUCGGUCGCCCUCCAUCGGCAGACGGAGCGGCAGCAGCGUUACCUGCUCCUGGCUGGCGCCCCCCGGGACCUUGCUGUGCCUGAUGGCUAUACCAACCAGACCGGUGCUGUGUACCUGUGCCCACUCACUGCCCACAAGGACGACUGUGAACGGAUGGACAUUGCAGAGAAAAGUGACCCUGACCAUCACAUUAUUGAGGACAUGUGGCUCGGGGUGACUGUGGCCAGCCAGGGCCCUGCGGGCAGAGUCCUGGUCUGUGCCCACCGCUACACCCAGGUGUUGUGGUCGGGGUCGGAGGACCAGCGGCGCAUGGUGGGCAAGUGCUAUGUGAGGGGCAAUGACCUGGAGCUGGACCCCAGUGACGACUGGCAGACCUACCACAACGAGAUGUGCAACAGCAACACCGACUACCUGGAGACCGGCAUGUGUCAGCUGGGCGCCAGCGGCGGCUUCACCCAAAACACUGUGUACUUUGGCGCUCCUGGUGCCUACAACUGGAAAGGAAACAGCUACAUGAUUCAGCGGAAGGACUGGGAUUUAUCCGAAUAUAGUUACAAGGACCCAGCGGACCAAGGCAACCUCUACAUUGGCUACACGAUGCAGGUGGGCAGUGCCGUCCUGCACCCUACGAGCACCACCAUUGUGACGGGUGCCCCUCGGCACCAACAUGUGGGCGCUGUCUUUUUGCUGAGCCAGGAGGCGGGUGGAGACCUGCGGAGGAGGCAGGUGCUGGAGGGCAGGCAGGUGGGCGCCUAUUUUGGCAGCGCCAUUGCCCUGGCAGACCUGAACAAUGAUGGGUGGCAGGACCUCCUGGUGGGUGCCCCCUAUUACUUUGAGCGGAAAGAGGAGGUAGGGGGUGCUAUUUAUGUCUUCAUGAACCAGGCAGGCACCUCCUUCCCGGCCCACCCCUCCCUCCUUCUUCACGGCCCCAGUCGCUCUGCCUUUGGCUUCUCCGUGGCAAGCAUCGGUGACAUCAACCAGGAUGGAUUCCAGGACGUUGCCGUGGGAGCCCCUUUCGAGGGCUUGGGCAAAGUGUACAUCUACCACGGCAGCUCCAGGGGGCUCCUCAGACAGCCCCAGCAGGUAAUAGACGGAGAGAAGCUGGGACUGCCUGGCUUGGCCACCUUCGGCUACUCCCUGAGUGGGCAGAUGGAUGUGGAUGAGAACCUCUACCCAGACCUGCUGGUGGGGAGCCUGUCAGACCACAUCGUGCUGCUGCGGGCCCGGCCUGUCAUCAACAUCCUCCACAGAACCUUGGUGGCCAGGCCAUCUGUACUGGACCCUGCACUCUGCACAGCCACCUCCUGUGUGCAGGUAGAGCUGUGCUUUGCUUACAACCAGAGUGCCGGGGACCCCAACUACAGGCGGAACAUCACCCUGGCCUACACUUUGGAGGCCGACCGGGACCGCCGCCCGCCCCGGCUCCGCUUUGCACGCAGUCAGUCAGCUAUCUUCCAUGGCUUCUUCUCCAUGCCCGAGAUGCGCUGCCAGACGCUGGAGCUGCUCCUGAUGGACAACGUCCGUGACAAACUCCGACCCAUCAUCAUCUCCAUGAACUACUCUUUACCUUUGCGGAUGCCUGAGCGCCCCCGACUGGGGCUUCGGUCCCUGGACGCCUACCCGGUCCUCAACCAGGCGCAGGCUCUGGAGAACCACACGGAGGUCCAGUUCCAGAAGGAGUGCGGGCCGGACAACAAGUGCGACAGCAACUUGCAGAUGCAGGCGGCCUUCGUGUCUGAGCUGGGGCAGCGGCUGAGCAGGCUCCCAUAUAGUAGAGACUUCCGAAAACUGCUGCUGAGCAUCAACUUGACCAACACCCCAAGCCGGGAGCGGGCUGGGGAAGACGCCCACGAGGCGCUGCUCACCUUGGCGGUGCCUCCCGCCCUGCUGCUGUCCUCAGUGCGCCCCCCUGGAGCUUGCCAAGCCAACGAGACCAUGACCAUUGUUUGCGAGCUGGGGAACCCCUUCAAACGGAACCAGAGGAUGGAGCUGCUCAUUGCCUUCGAGGUCAUUGGGGUGACCCUGCACACAAGGGAACUCCAGGCACAGCUGCAGCUCUCCACGUCAAGUCACCAGGAUGACCUGUGGCCCAUAACCCUGACUCUGCUGGUGGACUACACACUCCAGGCCUCGCUCAGCAUGGUGAGUCACCGGCUACAAAGCUUCUUUGGGGGGACAGUGAUGGGUGAGUCUGGCAUGAAAACUGUGGAGGAUGUGGGAAGCCCCCUCAAGUAUGAGUUCCAGGUGGGCCCAGUGGGGGAAGGGCUGGCAGCCCUUGGUGCCCUGAUCCUGGGGCUGGAGUGGCCGUAUGAAGUCAGCAAUGGCAAGUGGCUGCUAUACCCCACGGAGAUCACGGUCCACGGCAAUGGGUCCUGGCACUGCCGGCCACCUGGAGACCUCGUCAACCCUCUCAACCUCACUCUCUCUGUUCCUGAGGACAGGCCGCCAUCUCCACAACGCAGGCGGCGACAACUGGACCCCGGGGGAGGCCAGGGCCCCCUGCCGGUCACUCUGGCUGCUGCCAAAAAAGCCAAGUCUGAGAUCCAGCUGAGCUGUGGCGGCGACCACGCCCGCUGUGUGUGGCUGGAGUGCCGGAUUCCUGAUGCCCCCGUCGUCACCAACGUGACAGUUCAGGCACGAGUGUGGAACAGCACCUUAAUCGAGGAUUACAAAGACUUUGACCGAGUCAGGGUAGCCAGCUGGGCCACCCUGUUCCUCCGAACCAGCGUCCCCACCAUCAACAUGGAGAAUAAGACGGUGCGGUUCUCCGUGGACAUCGACUCCGAGCUGGUGGAGGAGCUGCCGGCCGAGAUCGAGCUGUGGCUCGUGCUCGUGGCUGUGAGCGCCGGGCUGCUGCUGCUCGGGCUGAUCAUCCUGCUGCUGUGGAAGUGCGGCUUCUUCAAGCGAGCCCGCACUCGGGCCCUGUAUGAAGCUAAGAGGCAGAAGGCGGAGAUGAAGAGCCAGCCAUCAGAGACAGAGAGGCUGACGGACGACUACUGAGGGGGGCAGCCCCCCACCCCUGGUCCACUGGUGUGACUUCUUUAAGCGGACCCGCUAUUACCGGAUCAUGCCCAAGUACCACGGGGUGCGGAUCCGGGAGGAGGAGCGCUACCCACCUCCAGGGAGCACCCUGCCCACCAAGAAGCACUGGGUGACCAGCUGGCAGACUC